CAUCUUACAACAAGGUGUUUCUGCGUCAAACUGGCAGACGUGAUGUGCGUCUUUGGGCUUUUCUUUUACCCGCUUAUGGCUCAAGACACACUUGGCACAGGUGGCAGCUAAACACGGAUCCGAAGACUUGGAUUUUGGAAUGCAGGUGACCAGUGAGAUCCCUCUGGACGAGGAGCUGCUGAGUAGUUUCAGCGGCCGGGGCCGGCGCCGCCUGCGGGAACUGAAGCAGCAGACCGAGACCGUGCUGAAGUUGGACCGUGCCAAGGCCUGUUUGGUGGCACGGGGCAGCGAGAAGUCCAUCGAGGACCUAAGGAAACACCUGGAGUCCUUGGUGGGUCAUCGCCGGCCCGUGUCCGCCCCCGUCUGGGCCGAGCUGAUGCGCACCCGCACCCAGACCAGCUCUGAGGCGGCGGUGCAGCGGAUUCAGGAGAACAGUGGGUGCCGUCUGCACAUCGAGCGGGGCUGCCAGGAGGUGCGGCUCUUUGGGACGAACGAGGCGGUAGAGGAGGCGGAGCGCCUCUUGGUGGAGCUGGAUGCCCGGUGUGUCGUGCAGCGAGUGCCAGGGCUGGUAGCAGCGCAUCUGCUGGAGCCCGUGGCCCAGGACUUGGGUGUGACCAUGCGCUUGAUGCGCCUGGACGCGGAGGCCGCGGAGGCCGAGGGCGCGGGCGAGGGCGACGGCGCCGUGGAGAUCCUGGGCCUGAAGCCCGCUGCCGAGGCCGCCGCUGCCGAGGUGCAGAACAUGCCGAAGAUCGAGCCCGAAGCGCCCAUGGCCAUGGGCACCGGCACCAUGGGCACCAUGGGCACCAUGGGCACGGGCACACUGGGCACCGGUGUGGUGCCGGGUGGCUUGGGGAGCUUUCAAGAGAAGCGGGACAAGCGCGACUUGCGUCGGGAGAACCGGUGCCCUACCUGCGGGUGCGGGCGGUUCUGUGGCAGUUGCGGUGCCCCCGUCUGGGACAAGGCCCGAGUGCAUGCAGCGCAGGCCAUGGCCACAGUGGGCCUGGGCUUUCAAUGCCCAGAAGGGAUGCCUGUUGUCAUGCAGGGCAUGCAGGGCAUGCAGAGCAUGCAGGGCGUGCAGGGCGUGCAGGGCACCUUGAACAUGAGCGGGCUCGUGCCAGUGCCCGAGCAAGACAGCCCUACUCCGCGAACCCCAGAACCAGAGGAAUGGAACUCUGUCUACUAUGGAAACGCAAACGGCAUGUUUCCAAUGUAUGGCAUCCAAGUUGGACCGGCACCGUACAUGCUUGUGCCAAUGGAUUCAGGCCAGGUACAGAAUCAAUGCUAUGCCCCUGGGCACACGUAGCGGCAAAGUGACAUAGCGACAGCGACGACGCGACAGCACCCGCGUGUCGACUGGAGAUAGAUCUGAGAUAGACACUGCAUGGCCUGGUGCACUGCACCCAGAUUUCAAUUCGCCACGCUCGAGCCACCCGAGCCUCCGGCGCCUUCUGACUUGUACAGAGAGUGACCCGCGUUGUCGGGACCGGCGCCAGCUGUGAACAGUUUUGAGGACAAGAGUUUCUUCCCAAAAGGAAGAGACAUGAUAUCUUCCAGCCUCACACCAGGGGGACAAUUAACCAACUUGAAUCAUGAUCAGUGCCAUGCCCAGUGUUUUUGCAGGUAUUUUGGGAGCGAGUCAGGCGAAUGGGUGCAGUCUGAGGCAGCGCAUUGCGGCGCUGGAAGUCAGCGCACAUUUUCGGGCUAGCUGAAAAGCUGAGCCUAGAUUUUCUUUUGGUCACUGUGCGAAACCAAG